CUGAAUAAUAGGGAAUGAAGUAAACGCUCAAUAUUCGAAAAGUGUAAUUAGUUAUCACAAUUCGUCUCCUGCAUUCUCUUGUGUUGAGUGAAGAUUUUCUCAACAGAAAUUCAGGGUCACAAAAUCAUGAAAUUAAAGUGUUUAUUCAAAUAAUGCUGUAAAUGAAGAAUACUGAGAAUGGAAAAAUUUGGAAUCGUGCACUUUUAAAUCUAAUGUUAACCUCACAGCACGUUGAUCAAUGGAAACUGCUGUAGAAAGUGCUAUAAAUGCAACAGUUAGAAUACUUGAUCACAUGUUAAAAUAUUCAUCAAGAACUGACUAUGCAUCUGAUGAGUUCAAAGAAUUGACAAAACUUUUUGUUAAGAGCUACUUCGCCAUUGAAAGCCCAGAACACGUUGCUGAUAGUUAUAGGCUAUGGAUUGCAUGCAACGUGUUGUCCAGUGAAAAAUAUGCUUGCGGAGUAGCUAAGAUAUUUGUGGACCUAGGAAAUCUGGCUCUUUGUCCUCAACACGAAGGACGUCCAUUAAUAGAUGAAAAAUAUGUUGCUCUCUUAGCAAGUCUGCAGUCAACACUAUGCAACUACGUUGAGUUGAGCAUAAGCUUGGCAGAAGCGAUGUGUGUUCAAAAAGCUUAUAUGGGGGAAAUAUCACGCAUAUUAUCAGUCUGCGCAAAGUAUAUUGGGAGCGAGUUGGAGAGAAAAAUCACAUUCAUAGCUGAAGUGAUCAUAAAGAGUUUGUACAACUUCUCAUGCCGCGAUAGCAUUCUGGUACUGAAUGCUUUCCGAAAUCUGCAUUUGACUGACUUAGUAUUAAAUUUUACUUUUAGUAAAAAUAAGGAUCUGCAAAUUGCAUCCUACAUGUUCUUGACAUAUAUUUACGGAGAGAAUGAUCAAAGUACACAUGUAGUAGACUUUUUCACCUUUUCUCUAUUGCCGAACAUUACAGUACAUUCAGACAGAGUGUAUGGAUACAAAUGUGAAGAAAUCCUUAAAGGUUUACGGCUUUUAGCAUCAAAUGAAAAAAACCUGGAGUCCUCAUCCUAUUAUACAGUCCUGCAAUACUUGAAAUUGUUUCUGAAUUCUUUCAAAGGGAAAGCAUUAGAAGAAACUAUACUCAUCCUGUGGAUUUUAUCAUUCAGUCCUGGCAUUAAAAAUCAAAUAAACAAAGAAUUUAAAGAUGACAUAAAAAAUCUAGCUGUGUCUAUGAAACAAAAGCAGUCUGAGUAUUCUAUAGAAUCACUGAAAGCAAUUUAUGGGCUUUUAUGGCAGCUGAACGAAGAUGACAUUUCUGUAAAAUCUAUGCCCAAAGUAAAUUCCCUUGCUUCACCUGAUGAACAUAUUAUGGUUAGCUAUAGUCAUAAGGAGAAGGAUAUGGCCGUAGAAUUAAUUAAGCAUUUGAAAGAAAAAGGUUACAAGGUGUGGAUUGAUGCAGAGGAUAUGAAAAAUACUGAUAAUAUACUGGAUGGUAUGGCUGAAGCAGUGGAAAAUGCCUAUGUUGUAUGUGUUCUGUUUUCUGAGAAUUAUAAAAGAAGUCCUUAUACAAAGCGUGAAAUAGAAUAUGCAUUUAAAUUGGGUAAACCGUUAAUUUUUCUACGCGCUCAGCCAGACUACAAACCUGAUAGUUGGCUAGGCCUUAUGUUAGGCACACAGGUAUAUAUUGAUAUCUCGGGAAAGUAUCCCUUUGAAAAGUAUUUUGUCGAUCUGUGCAGAAGACUUGACAAAUAUCUUCCAAAAACAGGAAUAGACUGCAUUUCAACAAAAUCAUCUUCUGCGAGUGAAAGCAAAGAGUGAAUUCUUGUUAUAACCCACUGAUGUACACUCCGAAUGGAAUCAAAGUAUAACAGUUCCUAUGCGUUUAUAGAAUUUAAUUGGAGCAUUUUAACUGUGUAUGUACUCUCUGGAAUCUUGCAUUUUCUAAAACCAUUAACGUUGCAUUUGUUCACAUGGUCAUUUUCUCUGAGCACCACUCUACAUAUUUCUAUUUCUUUAUUCGAUAUGCUUGUAUAUUUGAAAAAAAGAAACAUUUAUAAAGAGAUUUUAACAUUAAUUUCCUUCUUUCUUUUUUAAAUAUGGCAAACUUUUUUCCAGGUGGCCAACCAUAUUACUAAUAUUACACUAUACUACUUAUUUCUUUCUUAGAUGGAGACAUCAACACAGAACAUCUUAUUGACUUUUAUUUGGUUUUCUUUUAAACUAUUCAUCAUUGCUGUUUAUUUGAUAAUAAAU